GUGUCAGGCUCCCAACGGAACAUUCGAAACCUAAUCUUGAUAGUUUCGGCUAUUCGAUAACUCAGUCAUGUUCACACAUCCUCGUACUAUCUUCACACAUCAACGUUUCCGAAAACCUCAAAAAAAAAAAUCAAUGGCAGAGUUUCAUCUUCCUUCAGAGAUCGACAACGAAGAAGAAGAUUUUGAAGACAACACUAAUUUCAUCGACGAGGAGUACCUCAACUACCUUCACUGCAUGGCUUCACGGAGCAACCAUGGACAUGAGACGUUUGGGUCUUACGAUGAAAUCUUUGGUCGAGUGUUGGGAAAUUCGUCUUCUACACGGCGGCAGGAAACGGCGGAGGAACUUCCGGUGGUGGAGUUGACGGCUGAGGAACUGAUCGAUAGAGGUUUGGUGGUUUGUGCCAUCUGUAGAGAGGAGCUUACUGCUAAUGAGAGACUCUCUGAGCUUCCGUGUAGCCAUUGUUAUCACAAAGACUGUAUCUCGAACUGGUUGAGUAAUCGGAACACUUGUCCUCUUGAAAAGGUGGAUUGAAAAAAAUCUAAAAAAAAAA